GGAAGAGGCGGGUCUACUGUGCUCCCUGUCUGAGUAGCUUGUUUUGUUUUGCGGAGCAUACAACAUACGAAGGGAAGAAUGUCAAAUGUUUUCAGUUUCCAACGGGAUUAAUUACUCAACUCUAAAACGAUGGGUAUGAUGAAACUAGACGUGGAAGGAACAGAUCCGACCACGUUGCCGACGGUCCCAGAGAACGCCCUGGUGUGCCAGGGAGCCAACAACAGAAGCUACAUAUGUGAUGCGGGCCACUGCUGCGGAGAGACGCAGUGCUGCAGCUACUACUACGAACUGUGGUGGUUCUGGUUGGUGUGGACCCUCAUCAUACUCCUCACCUGCUGUUGUGUGUGCCAGCACCGGCGCUCCAAGCAGCGCUUCCAGCAGCAGCGGCGGCAGAAUGAGAUCAACCUCAUCGCCUACCGCGAGGCCCGCAACAACACCCAGCUGCCCCUGUACCUCAGAUUCCUCCCCGACUACCUGCUGCCCACCUACGAGGAGGUGGCCGACACCCCGGCCAUGCCCCCUCCCCCCUACAGCCCACCAGAGUAUCCGGUCCCCCCCGACACAGCCCUCCACCCUCUGACGGCCCUCCGUCGCCCCGGGAGCGAGGAGGAGGAGGAGGAGGCCGCGAGGUGUUCCAGGGGAGCGGACCCCCUACUAGGCAGCACCGCCACGGCUGACCCCCUCCAGAGCCAGGCGGGCCCGGCCCUGAGCGGCGGGGGUGGCGCUGGGGGCCCCGGGCCCCAGCGAGACCUGACCCCGGCCCGCUACCGGCGCUUCACGGGGGACUCGGGCAUUGAGGUGUGCGACGGCCAGGACCUGUGGGACCAGCAUGGCUUCCUGGGUCGUGAGGAGCAGGAGGAGGAGGAGGAGGAGGAGGAGGAGGAGGAGGAGGAGGAAGAUGAAGAGGAAGGAGAGGUGAAAGAGGAGAAGGGGGAGGAAGAGGAGGAUACAAAGGAGGAGAUCCCGGCGUGUGAUAGCUGUAGUGCUCGGGCCGUCGCACGGAACCCGGACAUCGAUCAGGACAGAGGGACAUGCACCAGGGCUCUCAGGUAAUCCGCUGUGGGAUUCCAGAACAAUCUAUCCAACACUAGAAGGAGGCUGUUGAUUGUUCUUCUGGCACGCACAUUGAGUUCGGAUGUUUGCUGUUUGCUGCGUUCAAAUGUUUGGACUGACACGGAGUGUGUUUUUUUGACGGUGGUCUUAAUGACGUGUACAUGCGUCUGGGGGGUCAGGGAUGCGGUUAAAUAAUCCAUGGAGAAUUUUGGGAAGUUUCGUCAAGCGGGUUAAAAAAUCGCAUUGGCUGUCCCAGUUUUGCCAAAUGGGGCUGGGUGUCCCUACUAGAUAAGGAUUGAGGUCUCAGUCUCGAAUGUUGUAGCCCAUACACUCUUUAUCACUAUGUGAACCCUUUGGGCCUGCUUAUUAGCGUCUCCACUUAGCCUUGCCUGGUGUCUUAGAAGGUGGUGCUAUAGAACAGAAGAAACCUACAGGAAUACGCGGCAACAUCCAAAACUCCUUCCAGUUAGGGGUUGUGGCCCAAGCCAAACAUCGACCCUUAGUAGCUAAAGAUGGCCAGGCAGUGGAACCCCACCAUGCCCCCUGUGGUAGCAAAUGUAAUCUUUAUGCCAUAAUCCUAAAUUUAUACAAGAAAACAAAUUUUGUUUCAGUGGGUCUGAGGUUUCAAAAUGGAAAGAUGUUUAUGGAUCUGUGAUUGUGAACCAUUUUAUUUGGGUUCUUUUGUACAAUAACUUUAAACAAUCCACAGCUGAACAAUGAUGAUGACCUGUUGUGGUGCCAAAAUGUUGGUGUUUUUUUUUAUAGUCGUAAUGUUCUAGAUUUGUUUCAAUGAUUUAUUUUGUAGUUGUUUUGUUGGUAAGGCUUAAGGCACAGGACAAUCUGUGUUAGCCAACACAAACGCUGCAAGCACAGCUCAGGCUGGCUCCUCCCCACUUCCUGUUGCAGAACAACUACCUCCUGUAGAAUAAAUUACUCCCUGUUGUAGAGCAACUUCCUAUCGUAGAAUAAAUUAACUUUUUUAAUGAGGGUUUAAAGUCUAUGCAAUUAAACAACUACUAUAGUAUAGUAGUCACAGACAAUACGAAUUUGUAUUUGUGAAUAUCUAGGAAGCAAAUGAUUUUUCCUGUCUGUUCAUAGCUUCUACUGACUAUGAAUCUGUCCACUGGUGAAUCUUUUCCACCUUUUGUUCAUCCUGCCACGUUCAGUACUGGCCAGUAUGCCUGUGUAGCCCAUUAACGUGAAUCAUUUGUUAUUUCUCAUGAACUGUAAAACUAACGCCUUCACUGCGCUGUGGUAGCCUUCUGUAUAGAGCUGGGUGUGAUGGUGGUGUCUGGGACGUGUUUAUCUAGCUCACUCGCACCUAAUCUAGUGAAACGUUGAAUGUAAUUCUGAUGUCGGCCACCAGGGAGAGUAUGUUGUCAACCUUAAGUAAUGGCAUUACAAACAUGAUGUAAAUUUGUUUGAAAAAAUCCGUAAAGUAGUCAGAGAAAUUAGUUUAGCAAUACAUUAAUUCCCUUAACAGUUUGAUUAAGGGUCAUCAUGGUCACUGCCUUAGGUCUGGGAUAUGCAAAUGUAGCUUCUUAUCAGAAAAAUAUAAACGAUCGCAAUACGGAACUGUAACAGGCCUUUUUAUCACACUGUACUUUUUUAAACAUUCAGGAGACAGAGUCGGGCAUAAAUAUCACAAAAUACAUGUAUGAACAUAGAUGUUUAUGUUUGAUUUCUUAAUAUUGUACAAAAAAUUGUUGUCAUUAUAGUUACACAAGUAAUACAUGGAUAAUUAUGUGGUUCAAUGUCUGAUGCAUUAAAAAUAAAUAUUAAAAAGGACAUUGAACAUUAUUGGCCUGCUAAGAAUAGAAAGAAGCAAGUUUAACAUAUUUUCUGCGUAUCAUGAGAGUAUACAUUCAUGUCUAUUCUGCCUGAUUUUCAAAACAAUGUAGGCCAUCACUAUUUUUGUAAGAAAAUGUAUUGUACAUGUCAUCUACAACUCAUUGUACUCGUACGUAACUAACAUCAAUAACCAGCAAUUGUAAAGCUCUGAAUACGUUUAUUUUUCAGACUUGAAAUUAUGCUUGGUUCAAACAUCAAUAAUGUUAUUAAUGCCUAUAAAUGCAUACAUUUGAACUGAGAGUACUUUCUCAUUUCUGUUUUUCAAGUUAGUUAUAGUUCUUAAAUGAAGUUCAAUUGUUGGAAGGCUGCCAUUUAAAGCGCAACACUGCACUGAUUACAAUGUUCCUCUUUAACUGAUUUGUUAACUUUUUACUCUCCAAAAUCAGCACUUUUCUACUUUUAGCACCAACAAGCCUUAUAGUUGCUGGUGCCAGGUGUUUUUCUGUCUUUAAGCUCAUUUUGUUAUCUGUGUAAUGAAUUACUAAAUUUCUCCUUUUUUUUUUUAUUAUGUUUAUUGUUUUUGGGAUUGUAUAAAUGAUUAAAUGAUGUUAUUGACCGAUAA